GCGGGGCUCGGCUCCAGUCCGGUCGCUAGCAGCCAUGGCUCGAGUCGCGCUCCUGGUCGUGGGCCUCGCCCUCUCCGUCUCGGCCCAAUACGGGGUCCCCAAGCCCCUCAACCAGCCCGGAGGCACCUUGCCCCCCGCACAGGCUGGAUCAGAGCAGUGGCUGUUGAAGCCGACCGUGUUCCCGGCUUCGCGGUUCGACGCCCGCGCCGACGCCGACCUUCUGCACGAGGCCUUCAAGGGGCCGCUGGCCAAUGAGUCAGUCAUCGUGUCCAUCCUGCCGCACCGCAGCCUCGCCCAGAGGCUCGUCAUCGCCGACAAGUACAAGAAGUACCACGGAAAGGACCUGAGGGAAGAACUUAAGGAAGAGCUGAGCGGCCACAUGGAGGACAUCAGCAAGGGCAUGGUGACCCCUCUGCCCAUCCAGUACAGCAAGUUCCUCAAGGACGCCAUGGAGGGCCCAGGAACGACCGAGGCUGAGCUCACCGAGAUCCUCUGCGGCAACGACAACGCUAUGAUCAGAGACAUCGUCCAGUCCUACACCGAGAGGUACGGAAAGCGUCUUCAGGCUGACCUGGAAAGUGAGACGUCCGGCGCCCUGGAGCGUCUGCUGGUUCUGUUGGUGCAGGCCAACCGCGACGAGUCCUACCUGGUGAACAACCAGAAGGUAAGCGACGACGUGGUGGCGCUGUACAACGGCGGCAAGGUCAACUGGCACGACGACCCGGCAAGGCUGAACCAGGUGCUGGCGCUUCGCAGCUUCCCGCACAUCCGCAGGGUCUUCCUCGAGCUGUCCCGCAAGACCGGAAAGGACAUUAAGGACCUGGUCGAGGAGCAGUUCUCCAGCGGCACUGAAGACGGAUACGUUGCCUGCGUGCGAGUGAUCCAGGACCCUCAGAAGUACUUCGCCAAGGUGCUGAACAAGGCGAUGGAAGGUCUGGGCACCAACGACAAGACCCUGAUCCGCGUCGCCCUGACCAGGUCUGAGAUCGACCUUGGAAACAUCAAGGAGGCCUACCAGCAGAAGUACCAGCGCUCCGUCAUCAAGGACAUCCAGGAGGAGACCUCUGGCAGCUACAGAAACAUGCUGACCGCCAUUUUCGAAUAAAAAAAGCAAGGAACACGACCUCAGAUGAGCAGGAGAUACAAAUAAAACUCCAACUUUUGUGACCAAAUAAACAUACAGAGUAUUUUCCGUAUUUUCAUCAA